AUGUUGACACUGCCAUACGAGGAAUCUCAUAUGAUGUGUGAGCCGCGGUUCGGUGCCAAUUUUCCCCGUGAAAGCUUACCUGAGAGCCUGGAGCAGGAGCGACAACACAACCCGGAGAGGUCCAACUCAGACAUGAGGGAGGCCGAGGACGACUUCUCCGACCGAGAUGAGGACGAGAGGGAGGAAGACCAGGACGAGGACGGGCUCCCUAAAAAGAGGGGCCCCAGGAAAAAGAAGCAAGGGAAGGAGCAGAUGGACCGCUCCAAACUCCGGCGUCAGGAAGCCAACGCCCGGGAGCGCAGCCGGAUGCACGGCCUGAACGCCGCGUUGGAGAGCCUGCGUAAAGUUGUGCCGUGCUACUCCAAAACUCAAAAACUGUCCAAGAUUGAGACCCUCAGACUGGCUAAGAACUACAUCUGGGCCCUGUCAGAGACUCUGAGUGCGGGGAAGAGACCGGACCUCCUCUCCUUCGUGCAGACUUUGUGCAAAGGAUUAUCUCAACCCACGACCAACCUGGUGGCCGGCUGCUUGCAGCUCAACGCCAGAAAUUUCCUCACAGACCACAACGGGGAGGUCAUGUUCUCUGGCAGGUCGCCUUACGAUACCAUGUACUCGUACCCGGGCUCAGACAUGAACACGCCCCCCGGACACAGCGCGAGCAGCCUGGACAGCAGCGCCAAACCUUUUAGACACUACGGCUACAGCGGCGCGUACGAGCCCUACUACGAGAACCCGUCUCCCGAGAGCGCGAGCCCACAUUUCGACAGCCAGCUGAGCCCUCCUAUGAACUUUAACGGGAUUUUCUCCCUAAAGCACGACGAUCCACCAGACUACGGCAAAAGCAGCCACUAUGGGAUGCGCUACUGCAGUGCGCCAGGACGCACGGCUCUGGCGCACAACUCCAUGUACCGCGUCUCCCCAGAGGGCCGUUUCCCCUACGACCUGCACGUCCGCAGCCAGUCCUUCCAAGCACAAGGGGAAGUUAAUGGCUCUUUCCACAAUUAA